GAUAUAGUUUCGGUUGAUACUAACUUUGGAACAUUACCACCUACUACAAGAUGAAAACCGCCGUAGUCUUCUUACUUCUGAUCGGCUUCGCCAUGUGCUUACCAGCUCCUGGCUCCUAUGAUCCACAGCCAGAAUCCGAUGGUGAUUGUGACAAUAACGAUUGGGAUAAUGAUAACGGAAAUAACGGAAAUAAUGGAGAUAACGGAGAUAACGGAGAUAACGGAGAUAACGGAGAUAACGGAGAUAAUGGAGAUAACGGAAACAACGGAAAUAAUGGAAAUACUGGUAACGGGCAUAGCGGCGGUUCUUCCGGAACAGGCACCACUGGACCAAAGAAAAGUCUGAUCAAUCUCGGUCUGGGACUAGGCCUUAAUGUUCUCGGCAAAGGUGGCUCUAAAGGAUCAGGAAAUGCCGGAAACGAUGCUACAGGAAAUGGCAAAACUAGCCGUGGAGGACUUAUAAAUCUUGGUCUUGGACUGGGACUUGACGUUCUCGGCAAAGGUGGCUCCAAAGGAUCAGGCAAUGCUGGUAAUGGUGCUUCAGGACACGGCAAAUCUGGUUCUGGCAAUGGACUCCUCAGUGGCGGUAUCGGAUUAGGACUCGGAAUUUUGUAAGCUGACCGUCGGUGAAUAUGGCAUUUUGAUAAAAGUUUGCCAGAAGUCUCCGGACUGUAUUACAGGAACUUGAUAACUGAAUUAAAUAUUUUUAUUUC